CCCCUUAUAAGAGGAAGAAAUUGAAAGUAAUUACUGUGAGUUAAGCACCAUAUAUAAAAGGGGUUCUGUAGAGAGCUCUUUGGUUCAGUUUCUAAAUUCCUUUUUAGAUUUCUUUUUCUGUCUGGAGGUUCUCUGCGAUCAUUAGAAGACUCCUUUGCAUCUCAAAAGGGAUUGAUACCCAAAACAAGAGAGAUUGGAGCUGUUGUAUUAUCAAAGAAGAGAAAUGCUGCUAAGAAGCUCUUCAACACCGGUUCUGGGAUCUCUCCUCUCAUCCUUCCCAGAAAGCCCCAAUAACCUCAAUCACUGUGAAACCAAUAUCACCAUCAAACACCCACCAACUGCCAUUCCCCAAAGCCACCACAAGCUCUCACUCCGCCAAAAUGGGUCUCUCAGCCUCUCCUCAUUCUCACGCAACUCCUCCCCAAUCUCUCCAUCCAUCCCUGACCUCGACCGGAGUAGAAGCUUUUGUAGAGUUCAGUCCGAAGGAAACUUGGAAGGAAUAGCCUUUGCUUUUUACAACAGCAAUGAUCAAGAACCCAACAAGGUUUUGGACAGACCCAAGUGCUGUGUAUUGCAAACUAUAUCGUCUAUUAGAGGUGGACGCGAAGAUGUAGAAGAAGGAGAAGAAGAACAAAGGGAUACAGAGGAUGAUGGAGAGAGAGAAGAACUGUUACAGAGGAAUGAAAGAGGGGAAGAGAGUGCCAUGUCAAUGGAAGCACAAACGCUCAGUUUGGAGAACAGAAGGAGAAACAUGGUUUUGACAGAAGAGGCGGCGGAUGUUAUGAAUGGAAUCUGGAGUCUGGGUUUUGGAGGUGUAAAAGAGCUUCUUGGCCAAGGGAUGUUUCUUGCAGGAGGGCUAGGCGUUGGCGGCGGUGGUGACGGCGUUGGCGGCGGUGGAGAGUCCAACUCAGCAGGCCCCGGUGGGGAUGGCGGGGAUAAUCGAGAGGUUGAGGAGUAUUAUAAGAGGAUGGUGGAGGAAAAUCCCGGCAACCCUUUAUUUCUGAGAAAUUAUGCUCAAUUUCUGUACGAGUGGAGGAGAGAUCUUCAGGGUGCAGAACAGUACUACGCUCGAGCUAUUCUAGCAGAUCCCAAGGAUGGUGAAGUUCUAUCACAGUAUGCCAAGCUAGUGUGGGAGUUCAAUCACGACCAAGAUAGGGCUUCAACCUACUUCGAACGUGCAGUUCAAGCCUCUCCUCAAGACAGCCAUGUACAUGCAGCAUAUGCUAGUUUCCUCUGGGAAACAGAGGAAGAUGAGGAUGAAAGUGAUGUGCCAAAUGAGAGUGAAGUCAUGCUCAUGCCUUCACAUUUUCAUGGAGCUGUGGCUUCAGCAAGUGCUUAAAAGUUGUGGGAAUGCAUUAAUGCAAUAGAAGUUUAAUUUCGAGACAAUGGCGAUUUGAAAGAGAUACAGAGAGUGGAUGGCCAUGGCUUUUCCUCUAAUACAUUUUAUUAGAUGACAGCAUUAUUUAUUAAAUGGUAGCAUUUUUUUCCCUGAGCUAUUGACUGAUGGCAUUACCAUGAUAAAGGAUGGCCCUGACAUUGCAUGUGUAUAGAGAAUCAUUGAUUACAUGGCCUCACAAUUUUUCCCUCUA